AUGGCGACGGCGUCGGCGAGCCUCGAUGCGAUGACGACGAUCCAAGUUGUGACAGUGAUGGCGAUCAUUUUCGGGAAGAUCAUGGCCAUGACGAAUGCGCUCUGCCUCGGCCGACGCCUCGCCCGCGUCGUCGGGAUGACCGGGCAGCCGACGCGGAGCCUCGACGUCGGCGGACUGCUUCCCGAGCCCCCGGAGCGAUCGGGUCUGCCCCCGCUGCCGCCGGUGGGCGAGCAGCAGCCCCUGCCGCCGCUGCCGCCCGUGGGAGAGCAGGCCGGGCUCGCCCGGCGGACCUCGCCAGCUGGGAUGCCGAGCCCGCUUCGGCCCCGACGGCCUCUGCAGCCACUCCAGAACGACAAGGAGACGCUGUUCCCCGGACAGACGCCGCUGCCGCCGCAGUACACGCCGCCUGUCAUGAACCAGGCCUACAUGACGUCGAACGCCGCGCUCCGGCAGAUGGGCAUCCAGAAGACCAAGCAGCGCAGUCUGUGGUACUCGGUCCCGCGCGGAACCAGGAUGCUGUCUAUGGAGGAAUCCCGGAUCAAGUACGUCCCGGUGCUGGAGACCGUCCAGGGCGUGGUCGAGGAGAUCCGACCUUACGGCGCCUUCGUGGGGCUGGUGGGCGUCGGCUGCGAAGGAGGCGGCGAGGACUCCCACAUCAGGGGCUUCUGCCCAGAAGCGGAGUUCGGCCAGCUCCACGAGAUGGGCGUGGGCGACCAGGUCGCGGUGAAGAUCAUGAGCAUCGAUACCGAGAGGCAGCGGAUCCACGUCUCCGCGGCGAAGGCCGAGGCCCGGCAGCCGCCCUCCGCCGUGGCGAAGGGAGUGAAGACGCCGCGCAAGGCCCGCGAUCCCGUGGUUGCCGACCUUAUUAGGCGAAGGUGA